GCCCUAAAAGAUCAAGAGACGAAUCAAUGGCGGACGGAAAGCCAGAGCAGCCGCCGUCGCGGUUCGCGACCAUGUUUGAAGGGUUCAGGAAAGAGCUGGAUGAACAUCACGAUCGCCGUGAAAGGACUAUCAAGGCAUCGCGGGACAUUACUGCGGCGAGUAAGAAGAUGUGAGAAGAAUGGUGUUUGUUUGGUGGAAAAGUGCUAACGGUUUUGCAGCAUCUUUACACUGCAGAGGGUCCGCACCGUAGGGCAGCCAGUGCCUGCAUUUGUUGUCAAGAACAACGCUCAGUACUGGGAGAUUAUCGAGAAGCAAUACAAGAGCAUAUGUGCCGACCUCCAAGGACUGAAUGCGUACCGCUACUCACACAACAUCACUGGUGGCAACCAAGAGUUCAUGGAGGCACUGAGCUUCCACCAUUACCUCGAAACCCAGUCGGUCAUUUCAUACGAGGACGCCCAGAAGAAGAUUGCUUCUAUGUGCAGCGAGGACGCAGCAGUAUCACUCACGCCAGAUGACUACGUCCUUGGCAUCUGCGACAUGACUGGCGAACUUAUGCGCUUCUCAGUCACGUCCAUGGCCACAAACGGCAAACUGCCAGCAGGUCAAACGAAUUCAAACAAGCGACUCAAGCAAGAGCCUAGUUCAGAAGACACAGGCGACAAAAUGGACAUUGACGAGCAGUCCCCAUCGGGUCAGGAAGUUCACAAGCCACGAACUGUACUUGAGGACCUCCGUGCGAUUCGGCUGCAGCUUGAGAUGUUUGAUGCACCGGGUGGAUCAAAGUUUGCGCACGAGCUGGAGACGAAGAAGAUGCCGGUGAUGCGCGAGUGUGUAGACAAGGUGGAGAAGGCGCUGUAUGGGCUGACUGUGCGAGGCUCGGAGAGGCCCAAAGGGUGGAUGCCGGACAUGGGAGGCGACAGGCGAGCGGAGGUUGAAAGCUAUUAGAACACGCCAUAAGGCUUUGAAUCGGACAAAGCGUAUCUGCA